GUUCUUUGUCGUCGUCUCCGCUGGGGGUUUUCCUUUCCACUUGAGACGCCACUUCGCUCUCUUCAGAGUGUCGGGCUGAUGGGCAGUUCUGUCGUGGCCAGGUCUGGGGGAGAGUGACUCUCCUGAGGCAGCGAUCCCGCUUGGAGGAGGAGGCUGCCACCGCUACCCUCUGAGGAGGGCCGGAAUUGAGGGAGGACGCCCUCCCACCCCUGCCGACCUACCAAGGUUUAUCAGCAAGCAUCUUUUUGUUUUUUCCCGCAGAGACGGUGCUGAGGUAGGAUCAUGAAGGAAGAGGUGAAGGGAAUUCCUGUAAGAGUGGCACUGCGAUGUCGCCCUCUGGUCCCCAAAGAGAUUAGCGAGGGCUGCCAGAUGUGCCUUUCCUUCGUACCCGGGGAACCUCAGGUGGUGGUUGGUACUGACAAAUCCUUUACCUACGAUUUUGUGUUUGACCCCUCCACUGAACAGGAAGAAGUCUUCAACACAGCAGUAGUGCCACUCAUUAAAGGCGUAUUUAAAGGAUACAAUGCAACCGUCCUGGCCUAUGGGCAGACUGGCUCUGGAAAAACCUAUUCAAUGGGAGGUGCAUACACUGCAGAGCAAGAGAAUGAACCAACAGUUGGGGUCAUUCCUAGGGUAAUACAACUGCUCUUCAAAGAAAUUGAUAAAAGGAGUGACUUUGAAUUUACUCUGAAAGUAUCAUACUUGGAGAUUUACAAUGAAGAAAUCUUAGAUCUUCUAUGCCCAUCUCGUGAGAAAGCCUCUCAAAUAAAUAUACGGGAGGAUCCUAAGGAAGGCAUAAAGAUUGUGGGACUCACUGAGAAGACUGUUUUAGUUGCCCUGGAUACUGUUUCCUGUUUGGAGCAGGGCAACAACUGUAGGACUGUGGCCUCCACAGCUAUGAACUCCCAGUCAUCCCGAUCUCAUGCCAUCUUUACAAUCUCCAUAGAGCAAAGAAAGAAAAGUGACAAGAAUAGCAGCUUUCGCUCCAAGCUGCAUCUUGUAGACCUUGCUGGAUCAGAAAGACAGAAGAAAACCAAGGCUGAAGGGGAUCGUCUAAAAGAGGGUAUUAAUAUUAACCGAGGCCUCCUAUGCUUGGGAAAUGUAAUCAGUGCUCUUGGAGAUGACAAAAAGGGUGGCUUUGUGCCCUACAGAGAUUCCAAGUUGACUCGACUGCUCCAAGAUUCUCUAGGAGGUAAUAGCCAUACUCUUAUGAUAGCCUGUGUGAGUCCUGCCGACUCCAAUCUAGAGGAAACAUUAAAUACCCUUCGCUAUGCUGACAGAGCAAGAAAAAUCAAGAACAAACCUAUUGUUAAUAUUGAUCCCCAGACAGCUGAACUUAAUCAUCUGAAGCAACAGGUACAACAGCUACAGGUCUUGUUGCUACAAGCCCAUGGAGGUACCCUGCCUGGAUCUAUAAAUGUGGAACCAUCAGAGAAUCUACAAUCCCUGAUGGAGAAGAAUUGGUCCCUGAUAGAGGAAAAUGAAAAAUUAAGUCGUGGUCUGAGCGAGGCAGUUGGUCAGACAGCCCAGAUGUUGGAGAGGAUCAUUUUGACAGAACAAGCGAAUGAAAAAAUGAAUGCCAAGCUAGAAGAACUCAGGCAGCAUGCAGCCUGCAAAGUGGAUCUUCAAAAGCUAGUGGAGACUUUGGAAGACCAGGAAUUAAAAGAAAAUGUAGAGAUAAUUCGUAACCUGCAGCAAGUGAUUACUCAGCUAUCGGAUGAAACUGUUGCUUGCAUGGCUGCAGCCAUUGAUACUGCAGUGGAACCAGAAGCUCAAGUGGAAACCAGUCCAGAGACCAGCAGGUCUUCUGAUGCUUUUACCACUCAGCAUGCUCUACGUCAAGCUCAGAUGUCUAAGGAACUGGUUGAGUUGAAUAAAGCCCUUGCACUGAAAGAGGCCCUAGCCAGGAAGAUAACUCAGAAUGACAGCCAACUACAGCCCAUUCAGUACCAAUACCAGGAUAACAUAAAAAAUCUAGAAUUGGAAGUCAUCAAUCUGCAAAAGGAAAAGGAAGAAUUGGUUCUUGAACUUCAGACAACAAAGAAGGAUAUCAAUCAAGCCAAGUUGAGUGAGCGCCGCCGCAAACGUCUCCAGGAGCUAGAGGGUCAAAUAGCUGAUCUGAAGAAGAAACUGCAUGAACAGUCCAAGCUUCUGAAGCUGAAAGAAUCCACAGAGCAUACUGUCUCCAAACUGAACCAGGAGAUACAGGUGAUGAAAAACCAGCGGGUACAGUUAAUGCGUCAGAUGAAAGAGGAUGCUGAGAAGUUUAGACAGUGGAAGCAACAAAAAGACAAAGAAGUAAUCCAGUUAAAAGAACGAGAUCGUAAGAGGCAAUAUGAACUGCUCAAACUUGAAAGAAACUUCCAGAAACAGUCUAAUGUGCUCAGACGUAAAACUGAAGAGGCAGCGGCUGCCAACAAGCGUCUCAAGGAUGCUCUUCAAAAACAACGGGAGGUUGCAGACAAGCGGAAGGAGACUCAGAGCCGUGGAAUAGAAGGCAGUACUGCAACUCGAGUGAAGAACUGGCUUGGAAAUGAAAUUGAGGUUAUGGUCAGUACUGAGGAAGCCAAACGCCAUCUGAAUGACCUUCUUGAAGAUAGAAAGAUCCUGGCUCAGGAUGUGGCUCAACUCAAAGAAAAAAAGGAAUCUGGGGAGAAUCCACCUCCUAAACUCCGGAGGCGCACAUUCUCACUUGCUGAACUGCGUGGUCAAGUUUCUGAGUCAGAGGAUUCCAUUACAAAGCAGAUUGAAAGCCUAGAGACUGAAAUGGAACUCAGGAGUGCUCAGAUUGCUGACCUACAGCAGAAGCUGCUGGAUGCAGAAAGUGAAGACAGGUCCAAACACCGCUGGGAGAAUAUUACUACCAUUCUGGAAGCCAAGUGUGCCCUGAAAUAUUUAAUUGGAGAGCUGGUCUCCUCCAAAAUACAGGUCAGCAAGCUUGAAAGUAGCCUGAAACAGAACAAGGCCAGCUGUGCUGACAUGCAGAAGAUGCUGUUUGAGGAGCGAAAUCAUUUUGCUGAAAUAGAGACAGAGCUACAUGCAGAGCUGGUCAGAGUGGAGCAACAGCACCAAGAGAAGGUGCUGUACCUUCUCAGCCAGCUACAGCAAAGCCAAAUGGCAGAGAAGCUGCUCGAGGAGUCAGUCAGUGAAAAGGAACAACAACUGUUGAGCACCCUGAAGUAUCAGGAUGAAGAACUUGAGAAGAUGCGAGAAGUGUGUGAGCAAAAUCAGCAGCUUCUCCGAGAGAAUGAAAUCAUCAAGCAGAAACUGACCCUCCUCCAAGUAGCCAGCAGACAAAAACCUCAUCUUCCUAAGGAUACCCUUCUAUCUCCAGACUCUUCUUUUGAAUAUAUCCCACCUAAGCCAAAGCCUUCCCGUUUUAAAGAAAAGUUCCUGGAGCAAAGCAUGGACCUUGAGGAUCUAAAAUAUUAUUCAGAGCAUUCUGUGAAUGAGCCUGAGGACGGUAAUGGUGAUGGUGACGAUGGGGAUGAUGAGGAAUGGAAGCCAACAAAAUUAGUUAAGAUGUCCAAGAAGAACAUCCAAGGGUGUUCCUGCAAGGGCUGGUGUGGGAACAAGCAGUGUGGGUGCAGGAGACAAAAGUUGGACUGUGGCGUGGACUGCAUCUGUGACCCCACAAAGUGUAGGAACCGUCAGCAAGGCAAGGAUAGCUUGGGCACUGUUGAGCGGACCCAGGAUUCCGAAGGCUCCUUCAAACUGGAGGAUCCCACAGAGGUGACCCCGGGAUUGAGCUUCUUCAACCCCGUCUGUGCUACUCCCAACAGCAAGAUCCUGAAAGAGAUGUGUGAUGUGGAGCAGGUGCUGUUAAAGAAGACAGCUCCAGCUGCCUCCUCCCUUGGCCUCCCAGAGUUGAUACACAUGGCAACAGAAUCCCAAGAAAACAAAGCUCCAGGGAAGAAAAAGAAACGAGCUCUGGCCAGCAACAUCAGCUUCUUUUCUGGCUGCUCCCCUAUUGAAGAAGAGGCCCACUGAAGUUGGACUCGUCAUUUCUGCCCCACUCUGGCUUGGGAGAUGCUCACAGCCAGAAGGGGUUUUUUAACGACUCCUCUGGAUUUCAGGUUUCCUGCUGUUAAAAAAAAAAGGGACAGCAUGUUACUGAAAGGGAGGGAAAAUUUUUGGAUGUUGGCCCUCAGUCUCCAGUCCCCCAGCCCCAGACUACUACUCUCUUUUCUCCAGGAAGGUGCUAAGCCACCUGCUGAAGCGAGGAGCAACUGACCUUCCUGACAACUCAUCAGAACCAGUCCUCAGUACAAUCUAGCUCUUUCUUAUUUGUAAGCAGCUAAGGCUAUCUCCCGACGAGGAUGAGGAUGAGUCUUAUCUCUAGGUUAUGUCAGCUUAACAGCGGAGCAAAUGGCAGAGCCUGGCCUGGGUUGGAGGCCUGGCACCUAUCCUUCACCCCACCUCAGGAAUGGGGUUGGGAUCUUUCCUGCCCUGAGCAUCUCUGGAUUUUAAGUGUUUUAACAGUACCCUCAAUUGUCUUCCAUGUUGCUGAGAUAAAUGAAAUAUUUUAAAAUGUUCAAGUUAAGUAAAUAAAUAAAUAAAUCUUAGCACAUCUACUGUUUGGAAAG